UAAGCAGCAUGGUGCCCAAGGAAAAUUUGUUGCCCUCUACCUUUUGGGGAUGUUUGUUCCUUAUCUUUACGCACUGUACCUCAUCUGGGCGGUGUUUGAGAUGUUUACCCCCAUCCUGGGGAGAAGCGGCUCGGAAAUCCCACCUGACGUCGUGCUGGCAUCCAUCUUGGCUGGCUGUACGAUGAUCCUCUCUUCUUACUUUAUUAACUUCAUCUACCUUGCCAAAAGCACCAAAAAAACCAUGCUGUCUUUAACUCUGGUGUGUGCAGUUACGUUCCUCUUGGUUUGCAGUGGAACUUUUUUCCCAUAUUCCUCCAGUCCUGCCAGCCCAAAGCCAAAGAGGGUGUUUCUUCAGCACAUGACCAGACUAUUUCAUGACCUGGAAGGAAAAGUAGUUAAACGAGACUCUGGAAUAUGGAUUAAUGGUUUUGAUUACACUGGCAUGUCGCACAUAACGCCACACAUCCCUGAGAUCAAUGACACCAUCCGCGCUCACUGUGAGGAGGAUGCACCCCUCUGCGGUUUCCCUUGGUAUCUGCCAGUGCACUUUCUGAUCAGGAAAAACUGGUAUCUUCCUGCCCCAGAAGUUUCUCCAAGAAAUCCUGUUCAUUUCAGACUUAUAUCCAAAGAACAGACACCUUGGGAUUCUGUAAAGUUGACUUUUGAAGCAACAGGACCAAGCCAUAUGUCCUUCUAUGUCCGAGCUCAUAAAGGGUCAACACUGUCUCAGUGGUCUCUUGGCAAUGGCACACCGGUCACGAGUAAAGGAGGGGACUACUUUGUAUUUUAUUCCCAUGGACUCCGGGCUUCUGCAUGGCAGUUCUGGAUAGAAGUGCAGGGCCCAGAGGAACAGCCUGAAGGAAUGGUCACGGUGGCCAUCGCUGCCCACUAUCUAUCUGGGGAAGACAAGAGAUCCCUGUCACUGGAUGCUCUGAAGGAGAGGUUCCCAGACUGGUCGUUUCCCUCUGCCUGGGUGUGCACCUACAAUGUCUUUGUGUUUUAACCUUGGAGAUGAGCUCUAAGUACAAGCCCAGUGGAUACUCCAUGUGACACAGUUUCUCCCUAUGUUACGUGGAUGUUUGUAACGUAAGUCAAUGAGUUUAAUGCGCAUAUGUUUGAAGAGCUUUUUUGGUUAACACUUUUCAGGGCCAAGCACUGUAAUGGUUAAACUGUGAGACAUGCAUGGCCUUUCUGACACUUGAAAAUGCCAGUUUUCUGGCACUUAAGCAUAUGUGGGUAUUGCCACUGUCAUUGUAUAUGACCUUAAGGACAAAAGCCAACAACCACUUUAGUAGCUGUCCUUCUAGGAAGGAAGCAUGUAAACCAUCAGACCAUUCUCAGUGGGACUUGUCAUUUCCAGUUAGAGCAAGACCCUCUGUUAGGACAAGGAUGGUGGGUAAAAUACCCUUCACUACGGUGAUUGAUUCCCCUUGAGAUCUAACUCCGUAGGUCAGGAGAAAGUGACUGUCAUAAGGACGGGGGAAGCACUGCACCUGAGAGCUGUUUCUUCAGGCAACCUCUCACUUUGUCUCGAAGCCAGGACCUGAUGGGGUGCUGUAUGCUGGGGUUAACACAAGUGUCUUGACUAGUGGUCACUGAAAUCCACUCCUAGGCUGUUUACCCCUGAAACUUAUGUUCUACCUUGUCAAUUUCAUUUGUUGCAUUACCUUUCCCUAUGGAAUUUCAUAGGCUUUUUUUUUUGUUUUUAGUAUUAUUUGUGCAAGUACAUGACCCUAACUUCCUCAGAGCACUGAACUGCCACUGUGGUUAUUCUGGGGUAGGAGGAGAGUGGCUGGGGUAAGGUGACAAUUUUCUAAGUAUUUAUUCUGUUUUGUAGGCGUCUUUUGUUUUACACCGAUGACCUAGGCCCUUUUUGCUUUCCAGCCAGGUGACUAGAGUAGUGUCUCAGUAAGUUCCUGCACAGCAGGACUGGCUUUCCUGACACGUGAGACUGCACUGGAAUGAGCCCAUUGUACCCAGAGUUGCUGGUGUUCAGACCCUGCGUAAGCGCAGUGCUGAUGCUUUUCAGUUUGAAGGUGGGCAUACAGUUUGUGAGGCAUUAACUCAUUCCUAGUUGCAUAGGCAAAAGAAAGUUGAAAGAAAAGGUACAGCAAAGAAGAAGAAAGCAAGGUUUACAUUUCUGGGGAGCUAAGGAAAUAUGAGGGAUGCUCGUUGACAAGUGGUCUCCUCAGAUCUCAACGGAAAGCUGCACAGUGUGUGUGAUGUGCUUUCUUAAUCAUGCUCAUCUUGCCUAAUUUGUGACUUCCUGAAGACUGGGUUCAUGCAGGCAAGCUGAAUGGUAAGGUCCAUCAGUGACCUGACUUUGUAGAAAUGCUGGU